GCAGGAGAGAGUCUAAAGAAAAGCAAUGCGUAUAGCAACUUGUUGGGCGCUUCUUUACAGCUCACUUGAGGCAGGCGAAUAACACUCUUAGCCACAAAUUGGAGGAUUCUAAAAGGACAACUUAGAGUUGCAUAGUCAGAAUGAUGAGAUCUGGGUUUGUGCGCUUGCCCGCAAUUGUGUUCUGCUUGGCCACGAGCACAAUCGUAUCAGCGGGACUCAACAAACUAAACAACAGCUCACCUGAGACGAAUGAGAUGCUGUCUUUCGCGGAACUUGCAGCGAACACGUCAGAGAAGUUGAGCAACAUGACUUCGCCUUAUUUACUGUUGGAUUUUGACGAAGGGAUGCUGGAGGACUGGCGCUCCCUGGCUCGUGGCGACGGGAGGCGCGGCGGGGAGUCGGGCGUCAAGGCGUUGCUGGUCGCCGCCUACUCGGUCAUCAUCGUCAUCUCCUUGUUCGGAAAUACAAUGGUGUGCCACGUGAUCGUUAAAAACAAACGCACCCAGUCGGCCACCAGCGUGUUCAUCAUGAACCUUGCCGUGGCGGAUGUGUUCAUCACUGUGCUCAACACGCCUUUCACGCUGGUCCGCUUUGUAAACAGCACGUGGGUUUUUGGAAGGACCAUGUGUCACAUCAGUCGCUUUGUGCAGUACUGCUCCCUGCACGUGUCAACUCUCACGCUCACGGCUAUCGCUCUGGACCGCCGACAGGUAAUUUUACAUCCUCUACGACCUCGCAUGUCACCAAUUCAGGGCAGUGUUUGGGUGGCUGUCAUCUGGAUAAUGGCCAGCUGUUUCUCCCUUCCACAUGCUAUCUACCAGAAACUUUUCACUUUCAGGUUCAGUCAGGAAGAAGAGCGCAGCCUGUGCGUCCCGGACUUCCCCGAGCCAUCGGAUGUCUAUUGGAAGUAUAUUGACCUCCUCACCUUCAUACUCCUUUAUAUGCUGCCCCUUGUCAUCAUCACAGCGUCCUAUACCACAGUGGCCCACAGGCUGUGGCACCACAAUGCCAUUGGCGACGCCACAACGGCUCAGCACGCCACCCAUAGGAAGAAGCGGCGCCGCACGCUCGCCAUGUUGCUCGUAGUUGUGGCCGUGUUCGCCGUCUGCUGGUUCCCGCUCAACUGUUACGUGGUGCUGCUGUCCAGUCAGGCCAUCCACUCGUCCAACGUUCUUUACUUCUGCUUUCACUGGCUGGCCAUGAGCUCCACCUGCUACAACCCGUUCAUCUACUGCUGUCUUAACCCCACCUUCCGCCAGGAGUUACGUCUUCUCCUGAGCAUGUGCAGAAGGAGCCGCAGCGUGGUGGUGGAACUGGAGCUGGAGCGUCACCCCGCCACCGCGUGCCCCCCGUGCCACAGGACCGCCUGGCCUGACGACGAGUUGUCUGGGCAGAGGCAAGCUUUGCCACAGCCCAGCCACCCUUCGCUGCAGAAGAACCACAAUUUAUCAGAGGAUUCACCUCAUCUCAAGGACACGCACUCACUCUUCACUGCCAGACGGGCCCUCACAGGGAGAACUGACAUCCUCUCUGUCGAGCCCAUUGUGGCUGUGAGCUGACUAAACGUGUCGUGUCAUGGGGACAUUUUGGAUCACUUCUGCAGUUCAUUGUGUUGAUGAUGCAAAGAUGAUGCAAGAACCCCCUCACCUAUUACAUUUCUAUCAUUCAUCAUUAAUUUUGUUCUCUGGGAAAAAAGCGGCAUCAAGCCAGGUGAUGCUUUUUUGUGAAAGUUUUAAAAUGCAAACAAAAACACCUGCUGAAAAUUCAAUUACUGUCUAUUAUUGAAUUUGAUAUUUUCUUGGGGAGAAACAGUUUUUGCACAUGGAACUCAGGAACAUGGCAAGCCUCACAAAGUCUUUGGUAAGCUACGUACUGUGAAUUACUUAACAACAUACAUACACCGAUCUACAACAAUGUGAUCCUAAUCUAUUUUUAUUUAUUAUCAAAUAUGCUGCCUUUACAAACGUUUGAGCGACACUGUGAGAGAGGAAUUCCUCCAAUAUGUUCAGUAUUGUAGUAGUAGUUUGUCAUAUUGAUGCUCUCCAGCUCACAUGAUGAUGUACGGUUCUACGCUUUCUAUCCAUCUAUUUCUUUUGCGUUUUCCUCAUUAAGCACAAAAAGUCUCACAGUACAUAAUUUAAAAAAGAUGUCAAAGUGGACAUGCAGGUAAUGAUGUACUUUCUGACAUCCAGUGGAAGUACAUUUAAUUGUACUAUCUGUCACAAUAAUUCACUGCCUCAGAGAGAGAAACAAGAAUACAUUAUUUUUACAUAAAUAAUCAUUUUGGGACCAAUAAAGUGUAAUUGCAUAAUUACGCCUGGUGGUCUCUCUCCAAUACUAAUGUGCCAUGACACAAUAGUUGCAAAUCAGUGACAAGGAUCUAACAACGAUUCACACUCAGUCACACUUAUGUGCAGCUGAGUGUCUUUAUGAAUCGAGCAUGCAUGUUUUUGGAGGAUAUGUCAAAAAAAAGAAAAAA